AUGCCAUCCAUCCUCAGUGACGCCGACAAGGAGACAGUCAAACGAAAUGUCCCUAAGCCAUCGAACAAAAUUCACGCUGUAGCAGUCGCGCGACUGUAUGUCGCCCAUCCAGAUCCUCAGAGAUGGGUCUACACGGGUUUGCAGGGUGCUGCGGUGCUUGCGAAUGAUCUCGUCGGGCGUACCUUUUGGCUGAAGAUGGUCGAUGUCUCGCCUGUCGGAAGAGGCGUUAUAUGGGACCAAGAGAUAUACGACAAUUUCCAUUACAACCAAGACCGGACAUUCUUCCAUACGUUCGAGCUCGAAGACUGCCCGGCCGGUCUAUCGUUCGCCGAUGAGAAAGAGGCCAAAACGUUCAUCAAGAAGUUUCACGAGCGGGAGAAGAAUGCCAGCAAAGAGACCAGACAGACGCCCUUUGCCUCGACUCGUGGUCAAGGUCCCGCUCCUGUGAUGAAUGGCAAAGGCGGCAUGGGACGCUCGAUUUUCGGUAGCUUGCUGGGCCAUCGAUCAUCAUCAGUACCAAGUGGACCUCCUCCCCCAGCGCCUGCAGCAACCUCCGCGCCUUCAAUCCAGGUCGCUCCUCCCCCGCCUCCUCCGUCAGCCAGUCCGUCACGCAAAGAACUGCCUUUCGACACCAGUGACCCGUCUUGGAAAGGCCUUCUGGAUGAACUGAUGCAGAUGGGAAUUACCGAAGACCAGAUUGCUGAGAAUUCUGACUUCAUCAAGGCGUAUAUCGACCAGAAGCAGGCUGCGGAGGAUGAAAAUCAGAAGAAAGGAAAAGCUCCGCCUCCGCCUCCUCCCUCCGCACCUCCUGCCCCCAAGGUUAGCCCCCAGAGCACUGGCAACAGCUUAGGUAGUCGACGAGGUGCUCCUCCUCCGCCGCCCCCGUCUCGAAGGACUCGCCCCGACGCGCAGGAGGAUGGUGCGUCAGCCUCACCGCGUGAACCGUCACCACCCCGGCCCAAGUUCCGAGCACCGCCGCCAAUUGCAGAUGCUGGCAGAUUUGCGCAGGGUACUAGCCCAGCGCCUGGCACGCGUUCACGAGCAAGCUCUGGAGCGAAUCCUGCACCCCCACCUCCUCCGCGGCCUCCAAAGACGCCAAUGGAGGACAGCGCUCCUCGAUUUGGAAUCCCUCCUCCCUUCCAAGGAGAGCGCAAGGUGUCAGCACCACCGGCACCACCCAGUCGAAGUCCGGCACCUCCAGGGCCUCCGCCGCCUCCACCUCGUACAACAAGCCCUGCGGCACAACCACCCCUUCCUCCCAAGGUCCCUCACGGACCACCUCCGCCAGUUAGAAAUCCAGUUCCGCCUCCCCCGACGAGAAGUCCAGCAUCACCUCCUCCGCCUCCACCUGUUCCUACUGCUUCUCGGCCCACUCCUCCUACAACUACUGCACCACCAGCCCCUCCACCUCCACCCCCUGUUACAACCACCCCACCGCCGCCUCCACCCUCCACAGGCGGUCUUCCUCCACGUCCUCCACCUCCGCCAGUGAACACUGCUCCCCCUCCACCUCCGCCGGCGCCGGCGCCGCCAGCAUGCAUCGGUCCGCCAGCUCCUCCACCUCCACCGCCGCCGGCACCUGGCGCUGGCGCUGGCGCUCCCCCGCCGCCUCCACCACCACCACCGGGUGCUGGUGCGCCUCCACCUCCUCCCCCUGCUGGCGGCGCUCCACCGCUGCCCAAGCCCGCUGGUGGAAGGGAUGAUCUCUUGGCCUCGAUUAGAGCUUCAGGAGGAAAGGGUGGUGGUGGUUUACGGAAGGUCGGCGAUACAGAGAAGAAAGAUCGGAGUGGGGCUCAUGUGCCUGGAGGUGCUAAUGAAUCGUCAUCUGGAACUCCAAGCGGUGGCGGUGCUCCUCAAGGAGGCUUGGCAGGGGCGUUGCAAGAUGCACUGGCAAAGCGAAAGCAGAAGGUCAGCGGUAGUGAUGAUGAGAAGGACGAUGAUGACGACUGGUAA